AUGUUGUCGACACCAAUUUUACUAGCAUGCAUUAUUGUUAUGAUCAGUGCAGCAUUUGUGCUGAUCGUACAAAAGACGAGUGCCAACGUGAUUCCUGGUGCUUCUAAAUACACCAAUAGAGCGCCCACUUUCAUCAUUGCAGGCUUGCCGCAAACGGGGAAGACUGCAUUGUUCAAUUUGUUAACCACAGACUCGGUCAAACCAUCGGUGAUGUCACAAGAACCCAAUGUGGCUGAAGACUACAUGUUACCAACUAGUCAUAAGAAUUUCAAGUUUAAAUUGAUCGAUUUCCCAGGACAUGACAAGUUCCGUUCUGAGCUGCUCCAAACCAUCAAGGAUUCGAGUCAAUUGAAAGGGCUCAUUUAUGUGAUUGAUUCUACUAUUAAUCCUAAGGAAUUGGUCAGUACUGCAGAACUAUUGUAUGAAAUAUUAUCUGUCACCGAAUUAAGACCAGACGGAGUUGACAUCUUGUUGGCAUGCAAUAAAUCUGAGUCAUUCGUGGCAAGACCUCCAUCAAAGAUCAAGGGUGCUUUGGAGAAGGAAAUAACUGAAAUCAUGAAGAGAAAGGCCAAAAGUUUGAAGGCAAACUCGAAAAAGUCCUUGAGUGACGAUGCUAAUGACGAUGAUGACGAUGAGGUUGCUGUUCUUCAACAAAACUCAGCCGGAUUCGAAUUCGAUAGAAUUGAUGGGAAUGUAGAUGCUAAGGAGGGAAGCGUUUUGAAAAAUGAUAUUGAUAAGUGGGAAUGCUGGAUUGAUGAACGUGCAAUGAAUUAG